AUGCUCCGCUCCACCCUCCUACUCGCCCUCCUCUCCCCCUCCCUCGCCUUCUACCUCCCCGGUACCGCCCCGCGCGACUACCGCCGAGGCGAGCAGCUCGAUGUCUUCGUCAACACCCUCACUCCCAUGCUCAAUUCCAAACUCCGCUCCCUCAUCUCCCUCGACUACUAUGACCCCCGCUUCCACUUUUGCGCUCCCUCCGGCGGACCCGUCAAACAGCCGGAAUCCCUCGGGUCUAUCCUAUUCGGCGACCGCAUCCUGUCGUCCCCGUACGACGUCAAGAUGCUGGAGAACUCCACCUGCAAUAUGCUGUGUCGAAGCACGGUGCCCGGGGAGGACGCAUUAUUUAUCAAUGAGCGGAUAAGGGAGGAUUACGGGCUGAAUCUGGUGAUUGACGGAUUGCCCUCGUCGGAGCAGAGGCAGGAUAGCAAGACGGGGGAGGUGUUCCUGGAUGCCUCGGGAUUUAGUCUUGGAGACGACGAGACGGAUCCCGCUCGGCCGGCGCUUAACAACCAUUAUGAUAUCUACGUCCAGUACCACGCGCGGGAUGCGGACCAUUUCCGCGUCGUCGGCGUGAUGGUAUAUCCUCGGUCGGUCGACUCGAUCCUGCCGGGCGGAUCGGUCGACUGCGAGUCGAAGCGGCAAUACCACCUCUCGGAGACGGGAUCCAACGAGGUCGCAUACACGUACGCCGUCCAAUUCACACCGUCGGACAUCCCCUGGGGUCUCCGGUGGGAUGCUUACCUGCACGUCUUUGACCCCCGGAUCCACUGGUUCUCGCUCAUCAACUCCCUGGUCAUCGUCGGCUUUUUGGUCUUCAUGGUCGCCAUGAUCCUGUACCGGACCAUGUCCAAGGAUAUAUCCCGGUACAACGCCAUCGACCUCUCAGAGGACGUCCAGGAAGACUACGGCUGGAAGCUCGUACACGGCGAGGUUUUCCGCGCUCCCUCCCGCCCCAUGCUGCUCGCAGUCAUGGUAGGCAACGGAGCGCACCUCGUCGCCAUGUGCGGAAUCACCCUCGUCUUUGCCCUAUUCGGUUUCUUAUCCCCCUCGAACCGCGGCUCACUCGCGACCGUCCUCCUCCUCUGCUGGACCCUCUUCGCCUGCGUGGGCGGGUACGUCUCGGCCCGCACCUACUCGUCCAACGGCGGAGACAACUGGAAGUCCAAUAUAGUCCUCACCGCCGUCCUCUUCCCUACCAUCAUAUUCACCGGCAUCGGACUCCUCAAUCUAUGGCUCAUCGGCUCCUCCUCGUCCGGCGCCGUCCCGUUCGGAACUAUCCUCGCUAUCCUCCUCCUAUGGUUCCUCAUCUCCGUCCCCCUCUCGGUCGCUGGAUACUUUUACGGGAUGCGACACGGACCUUUCGCUCAGCCCGUACGCGUCCAUCCUAUCCCACGCCAAAUUCCUCCCCAGCCAUGGUAUCUCCGUCCCGUCCAGUCCGCUAUCCUCGGCGGCGUCCUUCCCUUUGGCGCGGCCUUCGUCGAGUUGUACUUCGUCCUCUCGUCCCUCUUUGGACAUAGGGCGUACUAUGCCUUUGGCUUCCUCUUCCUCACAUUCUCGGUCGUCGUCAUUACCACCGCGACGGUCACGGUGCUGUUUACGUACUUUGUCCUAUGCGGGGAAGAGUACAGGUGGCAUUGGCGGGCGUUUUUGAUUGGCGGAGGGAGCGCGUUCUGGGUGUAUGUGUAUGGGAUAUGGUACUGGGCCAGUAGGCUCAGUCUCGAUAAUAUCUCGAGUGUGACACUGUACUUUGGGUACUUAUCCAUCUUCGCUCUUCUAGACUUCCUGAUCGGCGGAUCAAUAGGCUACAUCGCGUCCUACUUUGCCAUUCGGAGACUGUACGGGUCAAUAAGAGUGGACUAG